AUGGCGCUUCAACAAAAUGUUGAUUCAACCAGACUCUCUGAUUUAAGCGCUAAAGCUCGUAGAUUAAUUUUUCAAAGGCAACCUUUUAAUUUUAUAUUCCCCCUGAAUAUGCUGGAACCUAUUUUUUCAGUUAUAUUUAAAGUCAGUACAAAUUUACAAAGUGAACAAUUAGGUAAUUUAACAAGUAGUCAAUAUCAGGCUGAUGAUGAAGAAUACAACAAUUCUAUACAAAUGUGUGAUUAA